AGUAAAAUAUUUUUAGCCAAGAAUCCAUUUGAUAUAUGGGAGACCUUAGAGAUGAGGAAAAACAUUGUUGGGUUUAGGCCUAGUUCUACCUCCGGUAGGGGUAUCUCAAAAACUAAAGCUCUUUCUGACCAUCUGUCACUAGCCUAAUUUGCAGGUCGUAUGUUUAGAACAGGAAAUCGCGUUGCCAGGACAACGUGACAUAUUCACUUACUGGCCUGGUUACGUUUAUGCUGUGACGCACUCGGAAGAUCAUGAACCGCGGGAAAGUUUUACACGUGAUCACAUCUACAGACAUUUUUGGCUGAAGCCGACAGUGGAUGCCAGCUCGGAAAAUCGAAUGGAAAUGGUAAGUUGUUAAAAUUUUGUCACUGGGUAAUUGAACAUUGUGGUUAAGGAGCAUUCAAUAUUAGUUUUAGCUCGUUAUAGUAGAUAUAAUGUCAACUGUAUUGCGUACAGAGGCGGUUCUGUUUUUAUUUCGCUGCGUAGCCCUGGUCCUGUAAUUCCAUUAACUCGAGCCUCGUGGACAUUUGCUAACUAUGCUAGAACUUGCAAUCACUGCUUAGUGCUCUGUGCUACGUGACAAAAACAUAUAAUUCCAUUAGCUGGAGCGUCGAGGAUAUCCGCUAACGAUGGUAGAAACUUCCAAACACUGCUUACAUGCGCUAUCCUUGCUACUUGGCAAAAUUGUUAAGCUUAACAUGUGAUUCCAUUAGCUGGAGCAUCGUGGAUAUUUGCUAACAAUGCUAUCGAUAGAAACUUCCAAACUCUGCUUAGGAGUAGUAGCCGUAGUAGUAAUAAUAUAUUUACCUUAUCUGCGCUGUCGUUGCUACGUGACAAAAUUGUUAUCAUGAACAUUAAUUUAAACAUGUCAUUGAAUAGUUAGAAAUCCUAAUCCUUUGAUCAUGUGCAGUUUUAAAAUAUCUGUAGAUCAUUUUUGCUGAAUUGGUGCUGUACUUGAUUAACAGAUCAUUAACAAUGACAACAAACAGGAAAGCCCCUGAAAGAGAUGCCCUUGAACAUGUGGUCAAGGCUAUUGACAAGACUGCACACUUGGAAGUGAAAUUCAUAAACUCUGUCAAAGGUCGAGGUGUGUUUGCCAAAUCCCACUUUGAAAAAGGAAACUUUGUGGUGGAGUACCGAGGCCAAUUAAUAAAAUCUGAAGAAUCUCAAAGGAGGAGGAGAGUAUAUCAUAGUCAAUGUGCAGUCUUCCUGUUCGAUUUCUACUGGCAAGAAAGAUUAUGGUGCAUUGAUGCAGCUCAAGAAGAUGGCAGCUUGGGAAGAUUAGUUAAUGAUGAGAACAUCCGUCCCAAUUGCAAAAUGAAAAAGCUCAUAGUAGAGGGGAAGCCACACCUCUGUCUUUUCGCCCUGAGGAACAUUAUUCCUGGAGAGGAGAUUACGUAUAAUUAUGGAGGAACUGACUGGCCAUGGAGGAAUAAGAUUGAAGAGGAACCAGUUGAGACAAUGUCUCCUGCAGUAGAGGCCCCUGAAACAUCUCCGCAGCUUUUAGAGGCCCCUGAAACAUCUCCGCAGCUUGCAGUGCUAUCAUCAGUGUCCGAGAAAAAGAUUAAAGAGGAACCAGUUGAGACCAUGUCUCCUGCAGUAGAGGCCCCUGAAACAUCUCAGCAGCUUGCAGUGCUAUCAUCAGUGUCCAAGAAAAAGAUUGGAAAGAAACGUCUUAUGACCAAAUCUGCCGCAGUAGAGGCCCCUAAAACAUCUCAGCCGCCUGCAGUGCUUUCGACAGUGUCCAAGAAAAAGAUUGGAAAGAAACGUCUUAUGACCAAAUCUGCCGCAGUAGAGGCCCCUAAAACAUCUCAGCCGCCUGCAGUGCUUUCGACAGUGUCCAAGAAAAAGAUUGGAAAGAAACGUCUUAUGACCAAAUCUGCCGCAGUAGAGGCCCCUAAAACAUCUCAGCCGCUUGCAGUGCUUUCGACAGUGUCCAAGAAAAAGAUUGAAGAGGAACCAGUUGAGACCAUGUCUCCUGCAGUAGAGGCCCCUGAAACAUCUCCGCAGCUUUUAGAGGCCCCUGAAACCUCUCCGCAGCUUGCAGUGCUAUCAUCAGUGUCCGAGAAAAAGAUUAAAGAGGAACCAGUUGAGACCAUGUCUCCUGCAGUAGAGGCCCCUGAAACAUCUCAGCAGCUUGCAGUGCUAUCAUCAGUGUCCAAGAAAAAGAUUGGAAAGAAACGUCUUAUGACCAAAUCUGCCGCAGUAGAGGCCCCUAAAACAUCUCAGCCGCCUGCAGUGCUUUCGACAGUGUCCAAGAAAAAGAUUGGAAAGAAACGUCUUAUGACCAAAUCUGCCGCAGUAGAGGCCCCUAAAACAUCUCAGCCGCUUGCAGUGCUUUCGACAGUGUCCAAGAAAAAGAUUGAAGAGGAACCAGUUGAGACCAUGUCUCCUGCAGUAGAGGCCCCUGAAACAUCUCCGCAGCUUUUAGAGGCCCCUGAAACCUCUCCGCAGCUUGCAGUGCUAUCAUCAGUGUCCGAGAAAAAGAUUGGAAAGAAACGUCUUAUGACCAAAUCUGCCGCAGUAGAGGCCCCUAAAACAUCUCAGCCGCUUGCAGUGCUUUCGACAGUGUCCAAGAAAAAGAUUGAAGAGGAACCAGUUGAGACCAUGUCUCCUGCAGUAGAGGCCCCUGAAACAUCUCCGCAGCUUUUAGAGGCCCCUGAAACAUCUCCGCAGCUUGCAGUGCUAUCAUCAGUGUCCGAGAAAAAGAUUGAAGAGGAACCAGUUGAGACCAUGUCUCCUGCAGUAGAGGCCCCUGAAACAUCUCCGCAGCUUUUAGAGGCCCCUGAAACAUCUCCGCAGCUUGCAGUGCUAUCAUCAGUGUCCGAGAAAAAGAUUGGAAAGAAACGUCUUAUGACCAAAUCUGCCGCAGUAGAGGCCCCUAAAACAUCUCAGCCGCCUGCAGUGCUUUCGACAGUGUCCGAGAAAAAGAUCGAAGAGGAACCCGUUGUGACUAAUUCUACAGCAGUAGAGGCCCCUCAAACAUCCCAGCAGCCUGCAGUGCUUUCGUCAGUUUCCAAGAAAAAGAUUGGAGAGAAACGUACUGUGAUUGAGUCUGGACUAGCUGACCGUUAUGAAACACCUGAACACUGUGGUCUGCUUUCGCCCAAGAAAAAGAGAUGUAAUCUAAUUCAGGAGUCCUCAGACCAAGACCAACCUUAUGUCCCUAAACUGAGGAGGACCAAAAGCAUUCAGAUUAACAGACAAACCGAUUUUGAUUCCUAUGAGCUUUUUGAGACAUCAGAUGAAAGUGAAGAAGAAUAUGUUCCUGAUACAAGCGAGGAUUCAUCUGAUGAAACGGACACCAGUGAAGUUUUUGAAACAUCCAAUCAGAAGAAAAUUACAUUAAGGGGACGCUCACUCGUACGAAAGGGCAGUGCUUUGAAACGGAAAAGGCACCAUUCCAGAAGUGUAUCCUGUUGCCGAACACAUUCUUUUGGUGGACAGUCAUCAGAAACUUCAUACACUGAAGACCCUCAUGGAAGCUCGACACUGGUUUGUCCUGACAGUACUACUUCCCCCACUUCAGAUGUAGCUGACGACUUACUUACCGUACCUGCUGUCUGUAAAAAAGAGGAUGGAUCACGACAAUAUAACAAAAAACAGUACUGUUUAUACUGUAAAAAGGGAUUUAUAAAAAUGGCCAGGCAUUUAGAGCGUGCUCAUAAAAACGAGAAAGAAGUUGCACAGGCUGGGUCUUUUCCAAAAGGUUCUAAACAAAGAAGACUGCAUCUGGAACAUUUGAGAAAUCGAGGCAACUUCGCCCACAAUUCUGAGGUCUUAAAUACUGGUGUUGGAAAGCUUGUUCCUCGGAAACAACCAAAAGAUGAUUCUAAACCCAGAGAUUUUGAUCACUGUAUAUAUUGUCAAGGCUAUUUCACAAAGAAAGUUAUGUGGCGCCACAUGAUGAUAUGCAAGUUUAAGCCUAGUGGCCCUACGAAGCCUGGCAAAACACGGGUGCAAGCACUUUGUGCUUUUGCUGUACCACCACCACCUGGAGUCAAAGCAGAAUUCUGGAAGGUCCUAAACCAUAUGAUUCAAGAUGACGUUUACUUUGCAGUUAAAUCUGAUGUCUGGAUCAUGGAGUAUGGUGUGCAUUUGCAUAACAAGCAUGGAUAUGAUGUUGGCAAACAUGAAUAUAUCCGUCAGAAAAUGAGGGAACUGGGAAGGCUUUUGAUUUGUUCGAGGAAAACCACUCCCUUGAAGACCAUCGAAGAUCACAUGAAGCCUGAAAAUUUCAUGCAUGUUGUGCAAGCUGUGCAACUCGUGGCUGGCUUUGUCUCUGAAUCCAGCACCUACAAGCGUCCAAGUCUUGCACUAAAAAUUGGGCAUAGUCUGGUGAAGAUAUCGCUGCUUCUUGAAGCCCGUGCAAGUAUGCAAAACAACCAACCAGCAGCAAAAGAUGCUCGUAGGUUCCGCUCAGUGUACGAAGCCAGAUGGAACGAACUCAUUUCAGCUGCAUCACUGAGAACAAUGCAUGAAUCGAAAUGGAAUGUUCCUCAGUUGAUUCCGUUCACUAAGGAUGUUCAGAAACUCCACUCCUAUUUGGACAUGCAGCAGGAACAGUUUUACAACGAACUGUCCUCAGAGCCGUCUAAAAACACUUGGGUACAUCUGACUAAAAUCACUUUGACACAAGUCAUGAUGUUCAACCGACGUAGAACAGGAGAAGUUUCAAAAAUGCCCCUCUCUACCUAUUUUGCUCCAAAUCCAGUAGAUCUGCAGGAAGAUGUGGGUAUGGCGCUUUCAGAGCUAGAGAAAAAACUCUGUCAGCAUUUCAGGAGGUUGGAGAUACGAGGAAAAAGAGGAAGAAAGGUCCCUGUCCUCCUAACUCCAGAAAUGCAGAGAUCGUUGGACCUCCUUGUUGCCAAGCGACUUGAGUGUGGGAUUCUUAAGGAAAAUGGCUACCUAUUUGCCAGGCCGUCUGUAUUGACCUGCUACCGUGGUUCUGAUUGUAUCAGAGAUUUUGCCAAGGUCUGUGGUAUUGCAAACUACACAAGUCUCACUUCUACAAAACUGCGCAAGCAAACCGGAACACUCUCUCAAGUUCUCAACCUCAGUAAUACAGAGCUGGACCAAUUAGCCAAUUUCCUUGGCCAUGAUGUCAGAGUCCAUCGGCAAUUUUACAGGCUGCCUGAAGGGACCCUUCAACUUGCUAAAAUUAGCAAAGUCCUCUUGGCUCUUGAACAGGGGCGUUUGGCAGAAUUCAAAGGCAAAGGCCUGGAUGACAUCACAAUCGGUCCAGAAGAGAGUGUGAACCUUGACAGUGACCAUGAGGCACAGGAGAAUGUAGACAGUGACACUGAGGUACAGCGUGAGUCUGACACACAAGAAACCCAGUCUCAGAAGAGAGAGAGGAGUACAGAAGGGUUGAUGGAGAAAGAGGUCAAGGUUAAGUUGGAAAAGAUGAGUGAAGUAAUCUAUAACUAUGUCUGAGACAGGUUUGGAUGUGUGUGCCUUGAUCAAGAAUAGUUUUCUUCAUAUGUUUCCUUAAGAAAACUAGUUUUCUUUCCCUUUUGCUUGGAUGGGGGGUUUUGAACCUGGGUUGCCCGUUUGUGAGGCAAGUGCCUUGGCCAUUGUGCUACAGUGGAGUUGAAGAUCAGUGUAACUUAAGGUAAUAUGUGCAAUGUGAAUAGGUACACCCCAGACCAGUAGAGGGCAGCAAUGCAGAUUCUUGGUCAGUAGAAGCACAGCUGAAGAAGAGCAGACUAAGUUCCGUGGAGCUAGCGACAGUAAGCAACAGUACGCGACAAUAGCGGGCAAUAUGGCGGCGAAAAGCGUCAAAAUAAAGUACAAAAGCGGACACAGAGUGUUUUACGGCUAAAUGAACGGGAAAGCAGUUCAGAUGGAGACGACAGAAGAAAAAGUGUCCAGAAGAAAAAGUCCAAGACCAUUCACAAGCCACAGAAG